GUGGAAUGUGCGGUAGAAAAGUUACCGUAGAUUUGCCGGUGCUCGAGAAUGAAUGAACGCGGGUUUGCUGCUCGAAAGGCACAACUUGCGAGGCUUUCUUUGGGCUGCUUGGUACAUGUCGACCGUCGACAGAAAGCGUUAGACAGUGGAAAAGCCACAAAGAGCAAGACCGCCGAAAGAAAGGUAGUGUGGUGCUGCGAUCGUUUGAUGAGACGAGCGGAGCAGGAGCGAGCGAGACAGCUGCUGGUGUGCCGUCGAUCGGUCGGUGUUUCCUCGGAUUCGGGUUCUGCUGGGUGCACAGAAGAGGAUCCGGCCGAGAAAAGUUUAUCGUCGCUAGCAGUCCAGACCGUCGAUCAGUUGUGCAAGAUCGCUCGAAGAAAUAUGUUGGAUUUGAACUAGCUGCUGGUACUGCAAGCUGAGAUCCAAUUUGUUCUGACAGCUUUUUUUUUCUUCUCGCUCGUUGUUGUUGUAAGUGCAGAAAGGUAACUUUGUGCAGUUCGUUAUAUUUGUCGCCUUGUGACAACUGUUUAAGCAAAGUAAGUGCGAAGUUCCCGAGGGAGUUGAAGUUAUUACCCACACACAUUAUUCGGUGAUCGAUCGUCAUUUUUUGUGAUCUUCAGCGAAAAGAAGGCAAAUAUUUGUGUUCAAGGGAAAAAUUGGCUCAAUAAGGUUUUGAAGUGUAGCUUGAGUGACGCGUGAAUUAACCAACCAACAAAAAAAAGUUGACUGAAGGAGAUUUAACGCGAGGAUCUGAAACGGAGCAGUGAAGAAAACGUGAAGAUAAAAGCAUCCAAUCAUGAAGUCGAUAAUUUUCUGUGUUUCGUUCUUGCUGGCAUGCGUUGCAGGACAACGCAUCACCACGAUUCAGCUCGAUGGGGUGCAGUACUUCGUCAGCCGGAUGAAUCCCUACUCGCCGGAGUUGAACUACUUCCUUGCCUACCAGUACUGCCGCUCGUUGGGUCUCCAGUUGGCAUCGUUCGAAACCAAGGAGAAGGUGGAAUCGAUGACCCAGUAUCUGGCCAAUGCCGGUUACAGUAAGUACAACUUCUGGACGUCCGGUAAUCGGCUCGGUACGAGCAUGUUCCUCUGGAUGAGCACCGGACUGCCGUUCAAUGCGACCUUCGACUAUUUCGAAUCGACAACCAUGGACGCAUCAGCUGCCGGUUUGGAUCCGCUAGAUCACAACAGCAACACCUCACCUCAGCGCACCGCACGUGACAGCAGCAGCGGUCUCGAGCGAGCCUGCGUCCACCUGAAGGCACCCUCGCUCCGGUGGGAACCCGAGGACUGUCUGGCGGUAAAAGAUUUCAUCUGCGAGCAGACCAGAUGCUACUACUACAACUACGGUAGUAUCCCGGUUUCAUCGGCGCAGGGCCGUCCAAUAAUUACUUCAUCGACAGCUUCGACUGGAGUUUUCCACAGCGCUUCGACAGCCCGAGUUCAGACUACCCCGAUUCCGGUAAUUCAAUCAUCCACCACAGCGGCAUCACUUCCUGUAGAGCAAACAUCACCUCUGGCAGCCUUACUAAGUGGAAUUGCUCUCGGCACUGAUUCCGAAUCGGAAGGCAGCCUUGAGUCGCGUAGCGACGAAGAAGCCAUCCUUGACGAAGAGGAAGAGCACGACGACGAAGAACACGAUCUUGAGGAGGAGGACGAUUUCGAGGGACGUUCCCAGCAGGAUGAAUCCGACUCGGCCGGUGUCGAGGACCAACAUCACCAACAGGAGCAGCACCAGUCGGAGGAGCAAACUACGGGUCAGCAUGACAUUCCCGUUGAACAGAAACUAAAACAGAUCACCCGAGAAAUCGAAGAAAUGUCGCAUGCGUCCGAUCGGGAUGUCGAUAACGGACGCCAGAGCUUCCUCUCACUGUCGGAUCUAAUCAAAAACAUCCGCCCAGCCGAGAAGGUAAUUCCUCAGAUCGAUUCCUCCUACUCGAACACGAUGCAUGUCCUCGGAGAAACUAUUACUCACGGUGAAAGUCGAUCGGCUAAAAUCUGAGCUCUGCAUUUAAAAUCGUACAAUCACAAAAUCCCUCCAUAAUCAGAACGUAAUCAUAGCUCAUCAACAUCGUAAUCAUCAUCAUCUUCAUUAUCCUUCAUCCCCCCAAAGCAAAAAAAAAAAAAAACACACACACAUCCAUCGAGGCGUUUUCCGAGGGACUACACCAGCUAGACUUUUUUUUGGCUUCAUCCGCCGCCCCAGACAAGAUGCUGGUGUCGCUUGGCGCCGCACCAAGUGCUCCCACCUAAGCGCGGACAAGCACAAAAUUAACCUGGUGAACUUCCCGAAAACACCCGGCAUUACGGAAAAUUAUCGCACCUUCAUGUCACACUUCAUCACACACACACACCCACACAUUGCACGGGAAAACUAAUUAAAAAGCACACAGCACUCAUCAAUCAUUCGCAGCACCCGAUUCGACAGUCAUUCAUUGAGUCAGAAAAAAAAACAUUAGCCUUUUUCAGUCACCACCAUCAGUCCAUUAUCAUUUUCCAUCCAGCACUAACGCACCAAUCAUCUGCAAUCAUAACACAAUCACGCGGAAUCAUAAAAACACAUUUGACCUAGAGAAUAACUGAGGAGAGAGAGAAAGAUAAACAACCCAUUUAGUAGUGACGGCAAAUAUCACCCCCCAAAUUAUUCCAGUUAUCUACCCAAAAUAAAAAACAUCAACACGCACACACGGCUAGGCUAGGAUAAGUGGUACUAAUUUAAGACGUAUUGUGAAAGGGCGCGCGUAAUUGUGUAGUAAUUUAACUGCAAAAAUAAGACAUAAAAUAAUUAUUCACGAAAGUGACAAUAGUAAAAAAGAAAAACAAAAAGAUGGACCAGUUUUCAGCAAGAGGAUUAGACUGUAACGAAGUUUAGCAUGUAGAGUAUAAAAUGGAACAAAAUCGAAAAAAAAAUAUACGAAAGGAGGCGGAACUUAUCAGGACAGUGAUAAAAUAAAAAUACUAAAAAAUAUAAAUACACCCGGAAUGCAAUGACAGUUUUAUGAAAACAAAACAAUAAAAGCUGUACUUGAUUUUUAA